AAUCGAAUGUAAAAUGUGAUUUGAAUAAAAAAAAUCAUACACAAAAUUCAAAUUAUAUCGAUAUUAUAUCAAAAAAGCAUUGUGGUGAUAAACAUUGAUUGAUUGAUAAUUGUAAUCAUGGUAUAUGGCUCCAGAUUGAUUUUUGUUUGUUUUCUGGAUUGCAUUGAAAUGUUUAGCAGCAGUUUCGAUUGAAAAAAAUGAUGAAUUCAACUUUGCCAUUGAUCGCCAUCAUUAUUGUUGGAACAUUAUGUAUUGUUUCGGCACAACAACAGCAACAACAACAACAACAACAACAGAAUGCCUGGGCACAAGGAUCACAAGAUUUGAUACGUAGUUUUUCUACCCAUAAUAGUAACAAUAAUAAUCAAAAUUCGAAUCAACGUCGAAAAAAUCAACGUCCAUUAAACGUCGAUGAUCAAAAUGAUCGUUUUGGUGGUAGUGGUCGCAAUAGACAUGGUUCAUCAUCAUCAUCAUCAUCAUCCGAUACGGAUGCAACCUGUAAUCUUAAUUAUCAAUUUGAUUAUUUUGUAUUGGCAAUACAAUGGCCAUCAUCAUUUUGUUUGGAAAAACAACGAUGUAAUCAUACAAUUGCCCAACAACAUAAAUGGUUAAUACAUGGCUUAUGGCCAAAUCAAUAUCCACAACAAGCGAUUGGUAGACGAAAUCGUCGUUCAGUAACAUUGAUUGAUGAUCAAAAACAACAGAAACGACAACAACAAUCAAAAAAAUAUGGUUCUGGAUCGAACAAUCCUAAUUCGGCUGCUGCUACUGCUGAAUAUUGUUGUGGCCCAAAAUAUGAUCAAUCAAUAAUGCAUCAAGGAAAUCUUUAUAAUGAAUUAUUAGAAAAAUGGCCAACACUACAUCCGGGUAAUUAUCAUCAUGGAUUCUGGAAACAUGAAUGGGAAAAACAUGGUACAUGUGCACGUAAUGUACGGCCAUUAAAAAAUCAACGAAAAUAUUUCGAAACAAUUCUUGGACUUUAUAAUCGAUUCAAUUUAUCGACAACAUCUUUUCAGAAUGGUCAACAUUAUGAUAAAGGUGAUGUUCAUCGUAAUCUACGAAAAAAUAUCGGUGAUUAUAAAAUUCGUCUUGAAUGUUCAUUAGUCGAUGAUUAUUUUUCACGUCAAAAACGACAACAACAACAACAAAACCGUAAUCGAAAUCAAAAUCGAGAACGGAACCAAUCAAAUAACAAUGGCGACGGUAGCCAAAUAUCCGUAUUCAGUGAGAUACAUAUCUGUCUGAAUAAAACAUUACAUCCGAUCGAUUGUAUACGACGUGAUGAUUAUCAAUGUAGAAAUCGAAUUCUAUUUCCAUAGGAUUUGGAAUUUUCAACAAAAAAAAAUUUAAAAUAUGAGAAAAAAUAAAUCUUUUUCUUCUUCACAGA